UGCGGAAGUCAGCCGGUCGUGGGGAAGCUGGUGUUGUUUCGAUGCGGAUAGGGGGGGGUUUGGUUUGGUGUGGUGGUGUUUAGGAUUUAACUCUGGGUGAUUUUAAACUUGGCCGAAACUGUAACCGUAAGUUUGUACGAAUGCGGGGCGAAGAGUCGUCGGAUUCUGAGUCGGGGAGGAUGGAGGAGAGCUCAGUGCGGAGGAGUUUGGAGACGUUGUGUCAGGAGCUGAACAUGGACGAGCAGACUGCCACUGAAGCCAUGGAGAACUUCACUUCCAUAUGGAAUACAUACACUCUGGAGGGAGAGGUGGUCCACUGGCUGGCCUGUUCGCUGUAUGCAGCCUGUAGGAAGGGAUCCACUCCCACAGUGGGUAAAGGCUUGAUGGAAGGAAACUGCGUCUCCCUCACCAGGAUCCUUCGCACCUCCAAACUCAGUCUGAUCCAGUUCUUCUCUAAGAUGAGGAAGUGGGCCGACAUGUCCAGCCUCUCGCAGGACUUCAGGCUGCGCAUGGAGCGGCUGGAGCGCAACUUUGAGGUUUCCACUGUGAUAUUCCGCAAGUUUGAGCCCAUCUUCAUGGACAUGUUUCAGAACCCGCAGGGAGGCGAGCCGCCACGGCAGCCACGCAGCAGGAAACACAGGCGACUGCCAUGUCACAUCAGCGAUGUGUUCAAGUUCUGCUGGACUCUGUUUGUCUACACUAAAGGUAACUUCUGUAUGAUCGGUGAUGACCUGGUGAACUCGUACCACCUGCUGCUUUGCUGUCUGGACUUGGUGUUUGGCAACGCUCUGCUCUGCGCCAACAGGAAGGACCUCAUCAACCCAACGUUCAGAGGUCUGCCUGCUCUGUACCGCGCUGACAGCCACGUUUCACCGGACGAGCCUCCUCCGUGUGUGUUGGAGAGGUUAUGCGAGCUGCAUGACGGGCUGGUGGUGGAGGCGAAAGGCAUCAAACAGCACUACUUCAAACCCUACAUACAGAAACUGUUCCAGAAACAGAUCCUGAAAGGUGACGAGGAGCAUUUGACAGAACUAUUGGAUCCUCAGAACUUCAUUGAUAACAAUAAAGCCAUAAACAAGGAGUAUGAAGAGUACGUGUUGACGGUGGGAGAUUUUGAUGAGCGAGUGUUUCUGGAAGCCGAUGCCGACGAGGAAAUUGGGACUCCGAGGAAGAUCGUUCAGGAACCGUCUGCCAGCCAGAUGAACGCUCAGAAGCAGCUGCAACAACAUGUAGAGAAGUCUGGCUCUCUCGCUCCCUCCACCCCUCUGACGGGUCGAGUCUACCUGAAGGAGAAGGACCUGCUCGUCACACCCGUCUCCUCGGCGACGCAGAGUGUGAGCCGGCUGCAGAGCAUGGUGGCCGGGUUGAGGACGGCCCCCAGCGACCAGCUGAUGCAGACCUUAAAGUCGUGCUCCAGAGAUCCCACAGAGGCCAUCCUGGCCAGAGUAAAGACACUGGGACAAACCUUCAAAGAACAUUACACCAACGACUCAGAGGACAUGCCUGGCUCUCAUAUAGACUUUGCAGAGAACCGGCUGAAGCUGGCUGAGAUCCUCUACUACAAGAUCCUGGAGAACGUCCUGGUUCAGGAGACCAAACGGCUGCACGGCAAAGACAUGAGUGUGUUGUUGGAGCAGGAUAUCUUCCACUGUUCCCUGAUGGCGUGUUGUCUGGAGGUGGUGUUGUUCUCCUACAGCUCCCAGAGAACCUUCCCCUGGAUCAUCAACAUCUUCAAACUGACCCCAUUCUACUUUUUCAAGGUGAUCGAGGUGUUUAUCCGCUCAGAGGAAGGCCUGUCCAGAGACAUGGUGAAGCAUCUGAACUUGAUCGAGGAGCAGGUUCUGGAGAGCAGAGCGUGGAGCGCAGACUCUGCCCUGUGGAUCGCCCUGCAGGCUGCCGGGAACAAAGUCCCCACAGUGGAGGAGGUGAAUUUUUCCUCCAGUCUCGACACGGGUUCUGGUCCUGGUUCUGUUUCUGGUUCUACCAGCCGAGGUCAGUCCCACCUGCCUCUGGUGGCCCUCUCCCCCAUCAUCCACCCCCGCAUCAGAGAGUUCAGAUCAGGCCAGGUCAGCGCACGUAAAGAUGUGCCUCCCUCUCCGCUGUCAGUCCAUGACAGGUACAGCUCCCCGGCAGCUGGCAGCGCUAAACGGCGUCUCUUCGGCGACGACCCUCCGGCUCCGGCAUCAGGAGUGACCCCCAGUGUGAGCCCGUUGUCGUCGCCGGCCAAGAGGUUGACGUUCGACUCGAGCAGCACCCUGAGGAUCGGAGUUCAGGGUACCCAGACCACUGUCCUGAGUAUCCCCCUGCAAGGUGUGAAUAAUGAGCGCCUUUUUACACUGAUGCCGGUUCAGCCGUGUGACUCUUCUGGUACCAUCACUGCUCAGUUCCUGCUGACCGCCUCCCCCAGCCGCGGUGCCUCCGCCGCACCCACGACCUCUGACCCCCAGACAGGAAGCGGUCGCCCGCGACGCACCGGAUCUCUCGCUUUGUUCUUCAGGAAGGUGUAUCACCUGGCCAGUGUUCGUCUGAGGGAUUUGUGUGUAAAGCUGGACAUCUCGUCGGAGCUGCGAGGGAAGAUCUGGACGUGUUUUGAACACGCUCUGGUCCACUGUACCGAUCUGAUGCGGGACAGACACCUCGACCAGCUGCUGCUGUGUAGUGUUUACAUUAUAUCCAAAAUCACCAAAGACACUCACACCUUCCACGACAUCAUGAAGUGUUACCGCAGCCAACCACAGGCCAGCAGCCAUGUGUACCGCAGCGUCUUACUGCGUCACACUCCCAGAGAGCAGGUGGCUGAUGAGAACAUGGAGGUGGAUCCUGUUUCUGGCGGCGAAUCUGCAGAGAAAAGCACUCAGGUGUCAGGAGAAGCAAGCUCCGACCAAUCAGGGGAGGAGGAACGCGGUGACCUCAUCCAGUUCUACAACAGCGUCUUCGUCCUGAAGAUGAAAAGCUUCGCGCUGCGAUACGCCACCCACGACAACCGGGGGGACGCUCCUCCUCUCUCUCCGUUCCCGUCGGUUCGGGCUCAGCCUCUCUCUCCUCGUCGAGUUUCUCAGAGACACUCGCUGUACGUCUCGCCUCACAAGAACUCCGCAGGCUGCCUCACACCAAACUCCUACACCUACAGGAUCAACAGCAGCCCGUCCAAGGAGUUAUUAGACAUCAACCGCAUGAUCCGGCAGGGCUGCGUGAGCAGGAAGAGGGCCUUCACCAUGGAGGGGGACGUGAUGAUGUCAUCAGCGUGCGACUCCCCCAGCAAGAGGGCGUGUCCAGAGAACGGCAGCAGUCCGGACGUUCUGCUGAAGCGUCUGCAGGACGUCGUGUCGGAGCGGCAGAGUCACUGAUGCGCAAACAGACGGAGAAACACGUAAAACAUUAAAGUAAUGAAUGUGUUUUCAUUACAGAACUGUUCCUCAGUUUAAAAAGCUACCAGGUACUUGUGGAGAAAUGAUGAAACAAGACAGGAAGUCUUUUUUUUUCAUCACUGAUGCCUGUUUAAUUUUGAUCUUUUUAUAUAUUAUGACCCGAGGGUCGUAGAACCUGUGCAGCAAAUAAUGGCAUACUGCGUGCCAUUUUGUUUGAUCCAAAGCGGCUUGUAAUUCUAGUGUUGUCACAACCACAAAAUAUUGACUUUGAUACCAAUAAUAAUAUCUAAAAUGUGAUAUUCGAGCCACAUCAGAAAUCGAAACACACAAUAGAGCAGACAACAAUCACUGAGACGCUUUACUUUUAUUACCUUUUCACUUAGAGACCUUUUAUAGUUUUGUCAAAUAGCUCAGGUGAACCGAAAUGCCCACGUUAGUGUUGCACUAUUGUGCGUUGUCAAGAGUGCUAUAAUGUACAGGUUGCAAAACAUUUGCAACUGCUAGAUGCUCUUUAAAGGGUAACUUAAAGGAGUGCCUAAAAGUUCAAAACACCGUAUUGGCCUGAUUAUAACCUAACCCCCUUUUUUUACUUUUUUGAAGAUAGUAUCUCAUGAAAACUUUCCUGUUCUCCCAAGGAGAAGAGAGUCCCUCAUCCUGGACGCUCUUUCUUUUGUGAAACAUGAAGUACUUCCAUUACGGCAGAAUGUAAAUCUCAUUUGUGAAGCUCGUCUAUCGGUCACAUACUCGCUGUCUCCCGUCAGACUCUCGAAGCGGUCUGAAUUAUUUUCUCUGGCAGGUAGCAAUUUUCAGACUUGAGUCUCUUUUGCGCUCCUCAUCAUGACUUUCAUUGGCAGCUUGUCAGAUUAUUCGGUCUCAUCUGUUUCCACUCUCUUUUUCACUCGGCAGGACAUUAUUUCCUCUGUGGCAGCAAAACACGUUACACGAGCUUACAGAAACUUUCAUAAGUAACCUGGACUAAUGAAACACUUUUAGGCCUAACUAACAGACACAGAAGAACAGACUUAAAGAAACUCACUAGCAUAGCAACAUUAAGGCUAGAAGCAACCCAUAAUGCAUCACUCUGUAGGAGCUAGUGUUACACCGGUACUCUCUCCAUUCAAGGAGAAUAUCUGCUGUUGUGAAUUAUGUAACUGUCUAGUCCUCUAAUAUAACACAACCCACACAAUAAUUUCCAGAAGAAGAGCUUAUAUUCGGGCCAGUAUUGUAUAAACUUUUAUUAAAUCCAAUAUUAAAUGCAGGUAUUUCACGGUGGUACAGAUGACGUAUCACACUAAGAAGUAGUAAACACUCAACACUCAGUUUAUUAAUAUAAGCUCUGAGUCAGACGACCUUCAUCAGGCAUUUUUAUCUAUCCUUGCAUUUGUCACCAGUGGAGUGCACAUGUUUUUUUCAGCCUGCGCGAACAUGAAACCUCUCGCCUCGGCAGUGUUGGUGCCUUGUUGUCUGCUCUCACAAAUAAAUGUCAGUGUUAAAGACACAUUUAAUGUCCAAGUAGUGAAAAUAGUCAAACGCUGAACGUGUGUAUAUAGUUUUCUUUAACAGGAUAAGACAAAUCAAGCUCUAUUGUACAUUUUCUAGUAUUAAACUAAAUUGUAGUCUUCCACCACAAUAUUUGCAGAGGUCGACUUUUUGUAGAGAUUUUAUUGCUGAAGUAAAAUCGUCUAAUUUUAUUCUUUUACUGAUUAGUUUUACAGUUUCCUUUUUAAUCUUUCCGUUUUGUGGUUAUGAACCAUUUAAUGUUGUAUAAUGCUGUAAUAAUAGGCUUAAUGCUAACAAGAGUGCUUGAUUGAAGCAGCAUUUGUGUACCCGAGUGUGUAGUAUCUACACUUCAUUUUUUAUUCAAUUUAACGUUUCAGAAAACAAUCUGUGACUUUCUAAACGAUUUCAUAUCAACAGUUUUGUUCAUACCUGGGUUUGCUGAAAGCACACUAGCAAAGGAGACACUGAAAAACUAACCACUUGUUGUAAAAUGCAAAUUAAAAGUGUAGAUUUUGCUCCCACACAGCCUAAAAAUACAAUAAUGGAUGAAAAUCUGUAAGCAGGGAACCAUUUUCUGUCACUCUGGUGUGUUUUUCGCUCUGUGUAUUCGUGCUUUUAUGAACUCUCUUCAACCCACUUCAAGGAAAUUUGUAUUUUCUACAAACAAACAGUCAAAAGUUUUGUACAAUAAAUUUACUUUGAGCACUCUGUGUUCAUUCAUUUGA